AUGGCAUAUAAUGCCACGGACAAGUUAUUACCAUACAUCAUCCAGAGCAUUUUCACCUUGCUGCCUCCUGUCCUCUUUGCCGCAACAAUCUACAUGAUCCUAGGCCGUAUUAUACGUGCCGCGCACGGCGAGGAUUGCAGCCUGGUACGAGUGUCAAGACUCACGAAAAUAUUCGUAUGGGGUGAUGUGAUAUCUUUCCUUGUCCAAGGAAAUGGUGCGAGCUUUAUGGCGAUUGACAAGCUGGCCUCUAUGGGUCAAUGGAUCGUCAUUGGCGGAUUGGCCUUGCAGAUUAUCAUGUUCGGAUAUUUCGGUAUUACGGCCAUCACAUUCCAAUACCGAUACGAUCGGCGUAGCUCCAAGUCAUCGGGCCAUUCGUGGACGGGCUGGAGAGAGUGUCUGUACAUGAUCUAUGGUGUAAGUGCUCUCAUCAUGGUACGGAGUGUAUUCCGUGUCUUGGAAUUCGUUCUCGGUACAGAUGGAUAUCCGAUGUCCCAUGAGUGGACAUUGUACGUCUUCGAUACCAUCCUAAUGGCCGGUGUCAUGGCGCUACUUCUCAUUUACUAUCCUGAUUCACUACAAUUUUUCAGCGAGCUAGAGCCGGUCGACUCACAAGAGGUAUUGGGAUUGCCUCAUGAUAGUAUGCCGGAGGAUAUCCCAAUUCCACUCAAGAGCGCUCGGCCUUAUUAA